AUGGAUAAUAAUUAAUAUCAAUUUAAUAAAUUAAUAAUUUAGUUUUAGAUUCAACCUUUCCUUUGAAGUAAAUCUAGAUCUAGUACUAGAUUCUAGUUCCUAGUAUAGCAAAAAUAAAAACAGUCUUAAAAAAUGUAAAACUAGAACACUAAAAAUACAAAUUCUGAAUGGUCAUUAAAUUUCUAGUGCAGUAAGUCUGGACUAUAAAUUUAAUUAGAAAAUUAAUUUCUUUUUGACAAGAAAACAAAACUCAACCAAAGAAAUCUGAAAAGUAUCUGAUGCUAUAAUAUAGUAAGCUUUUUAAAUAAUACCAGGUAGCAGUUCAAUAACUGGAUGUCACUGACACACUUUUGGAAUGUAUGAACCAGGCAAUUGUCUGAUGUCUGGCCUUACGAUGGGUCUGCUGUCUCUGGACUCCACCACCCUGAUUACUCUGAAAGAUGGCGGCACACCCAGCCAGAAGAAAUAUGCCAGACGAAUUCUCCCCGUUGUGAAAAAGCACCAUUUGCUGCUGGUUACCUUACUCUUGUCAAACUCUGCUGCCGUUGAAGCUAUGCCAAUUUUUCUAGAUAGGAUCUCAAACCCAAUCAUUGCAAUAACAAUCUCUGUAACAGCUGUUUUAAUAUUUGGAGAAGUGAUUCCCCAAGCAGUGUGCACAAGAUACGGAUUAGCCAUUGGAGCAUAUCUGUCUCCACUUGUCUACCUUUUGAUGGCAGUGUUCUUCAUCAUCUCCUUCCCUUUAUCACUGCUACUGGACUGUUGCCUGGGUAAAGAGCAUGGCACCUUCUUUAGAAGAGCUCAGUUGAAGGCUUUAAUAGAGAUUCAUGGAGAGGACUCACAGGCUGAAGGGUUAGGGCCAAGGGAGGAUACUCUCUCCCAUGAUGAAGUGGCCAUUAUCAAAGGCUGUUUGGACAUGAGAAAUAAAACUGCAAAAGAUGCCAUGUUGAGUAUUGACAAAGCCUACAUGGUGAACAUACAUGCAAGACUGGAUCAUGAAGUCAUGACUCAGAUGGUUCAACGAUGUCACUCCCGUGUUCCUGUGUACACCAAGGAUCGCUCUGAUGUCGUGGCUUUACUUCUAACCAAAACUCUGAUUAAACUUAACCCUGACGAUGCUAUCCCCAUUAGCCGUCUUGUUGGAGAUGAGCGCUUUUCUAGGGCAGCGCUCUUUGUAAACUCUGACAUGCCACUGUUUGACCUGCUUAAUCUCUUUCAAACAGGCAGAAGCCAUUUGGCAGUAGUUAAACAGAGAGCCAAGAAAGUGGUGGAUGGUGAAAUUGAUCACGCAGAGUCAGCUCCCCUGCUUGUGAACAUUGAAGAACCUGCUAUUGCUGAAUCUGAGGUGGAAGAAGGGACAGUGAUUGGAAUCAUAACUCUAGAGGAUGUUAUAGAAGAGUUGCUGCAAGAAGAGAUUGAAGAUGAAAAAGACAUUGUUCAAGAGAUCACACAAAAGCUGCAUUUUUCAAUGGCUAAAAGGAGAAAAAGUAUUCACUCCCAGAUACAUCGUUGCCGCAGUCAGCCUCAGCCCUCCAUGGGUGCUAGCAUGUUUGACUCGUGUGCUGUCGGAGGCAACCACAGCCCAGUUAUAAGGACAAUAUCCAGUUCGCUGCAAGAAGAGUUGGACAAACAGCUGCUGGCCAUUCAGAAGGCCAAAGAAGAGACAAUAGUAGAAGAGAAUGGUGUCAGUGAACAAAGUCCUCAUGUGCCAGCGCCUCAUCGGACUGAAAGCAGAGUCAAAUUUUCCUAGCAGUAAAAGCAGGCUGGAUUAACCUAUUCAGAUUUAUAUUUACUGAUCUAUAAUGACUUUUUCAGUAGCAUGCAAGCUAGAAUAGUAAGUGUGACACUGUAAAAUACUGUAAAUAUGAGUAUUUAUUUAAGAAUAACUUUACCACACUGCUUGGAAUUCGAAGACUACAAAAAUGUUUUUAUGUGUUUUGGAAAAAAAAAACUUAGAUACAUUAGAUACAUUUUUAGGUAGGCCUACUUCCCUUUAAACCUACAUAACAGCUUGGGAAGGAAAUUGGAGUGUCUCUGUUGAAUAUCCAUAGAUGUGUGGAGAACUUAUCCAGUUUAGUUCAUUAUUAUUAACUGUGCCAGGCUUUUCUAAAUUCACAAACUGAAUAGUAUUUUCAAGCCUAAUAACAUUUAUUUUAUAUUUUAGAUAUUUUACUAACAUUAUUUAACUUGUUGUUCAGAAGAGGCUUAAUUUUACCUUUUUUCCUCACCCUGAACACCAUUAUUAGUUUAAUAGACAAGAUCUAGUAGGCCUUUGUAAUUGAUGAUAUAGAUUUCUAUUUCUCCCAGUUUAGAUGUAUAUAUGCCUUUCUUUUUAUGCAGUUUCAGUCCAACAAAUGUUAAGUUCAAACUCUGCCUAAAAUGAAGGCAAGAUAAAAAGAGGCUGUUGAAAGUGUGAAAGAAUGUUUUCUUUUAAGAUGACAGACAACAAAAAGCUUUGGCCUACCUGUUAUGACAUUACAUGACAAACUUAAGUGAAAGAGCCCAGUUCUCAAAGUGUGCACUCUUCAACAUGACUUGUUGAGCUAGCUGAGAGAGGUUUGGAAAAACUACUGAGAAGAUGCAUGAAACAGCCAGGACUAUUUGUGAUUAAAGAAACUAGAUGGCAGAUGCCAGGUUAUAAGUUACAGUCUGGUUUUUUCCCCAGAGACAUUCAAAUUUAUCCCAAAGGAGCCUGAUGCUAUUGGGAAAAGAAAGAGCUGUUAUCUCCCCUCAUGCAAUAAGCCAAUGGUUUGAAGACUUCAAAGAGUAUAUCCACUCAAUUUUAACCAAUACCCAUAACAGUCAAUUAAAGGAUAUUUAAUGCAGAUGAAACAGGAAUUUGUUUUGAUGUUAAGUGAAAACAAUGCAUGCAAAGGUUCCAAGCAUUUACAAUGUGUCUUCAAACACAAAAACACAGGUAGCUAUACUGGCUUGUGGCACUACAUCUGGUUAGUAAGUUCAGUUUCAAGUAUUUCAUGUUACACUAGUCAUCAGUCAAACAAAUUCAAGUUCCCUGUUUCAAUGAUCACACCCAGUUUUCUACUCUCUUCUUUACUCCUCAAAGAAAACAAAUUCUUGAAUGUGGAAAAACUAAAACAUGAAAACAGACUGGUUUCUUUACACAUGAUGUGAUGAGGAGUCAGCUGGACAAGUCUUCACAAGGGGGUGGGGCCUGAGCAAGCACUCCCUUCACCUGUAACUUCCUAUGACAUUUUACAGCAGCCCAACUAAAAGAAAGGUAAAAGGGAAAGCAAAACCUAGUUAUAGGUGAUGAAUUCAGAAAGCUUCAAGAAAAAAUAUGAUAAAGAAAACAAAGAUUUCAGGAAAGUUUAAUGAGGGAAGACGAUAAACAGAAAAAGGAUGAAGAAAUUUUUUUAAAAAGCUAGAGAGAGAAAGGAAGAAAGAAGAAAUUAAAAGUGAGAAAGUUCAGGGAAGGAAAUCAGAAGCUAAAACAAGCAAUGAUGACACAGAACCGUGAGGAGGAUCCUCUCCUCACCCAGUCCAUGGAGUUAGAUCUGGCAUGCGAUGAUGAUCUAAGGACAUAUGGAUGACCAAGACAUCACGUCUGGGAUACAAUGGAUGGUGGAAUCCAUAGGUGCAGUGUGACAUCUGUGAAGGCUGCUGGCUUACUUGCUGCACACAAAAUACUACAUACUUAACUAUAGUACAAUUGGUGGACCUGCACUUCGUGUGCAACGUCUAUUGCCCAAUCAAUGAUGCCCACAUAACAUUUAUAGAUCCCAAAAGUGUAAUUUUAAAAAAAAAUUAAAUCUAAUUGUUUUCUUUCGUUUGCUUGUAUAAUUUGUUUUAUCAAGAUGAAUAUUAUAAGACACAAAAUGUAAACAAAAAAAGUAUGCACAAUUAUAUAUUUUGUUGAGCUCACGUAAAUAUAAUGUGUUCGUGAAAAAAGCUGAAAAUUGAAGUUCUUUUGUUUCCAUUCUAUGUCAGAUAGUAAUGAAACCAGGGGCACAAAGUAGAAGCAAGAUUUGUCUUCAGGUGCUAGGUGCUCAUGAUUGGUGCAUUUAAUCCUUGUCAAACUUUUCUUAUGUUAACACUCUAGAUGAUGUACAUAGAUUAUUGUCAGUGCUUCUUCCAGACUUUUUUCUCCGGGGGACGGGACAGGGAUGACGACACUGUUAGAAGUGUAUAUUUUCUAUAUAAAUUCUAUUUCAUUUUGUGGGGGGAGGGUGGGAGCUCUG